CAGCAAUUGUAAUAUGGAUUGCUUUGCUGAGCAUUUCGCAGGCAUACACCCCGGAUAUCUGCUUCAAGAAGUCUUUCGGCUACAAGGUCGCCGAUCCGAAAGACCCUAAAUCAUAUUUCCAAUGUCUUGGGCUCCUGGGCAAAGUGUGGAACCAUUGCGAUGACGGAUAUCGUUUCAGUGGACCGGAGCAAAAGUGUAUGCUCGAUAAGCAGCCAAAGGCAGUCGGAGAUGGCUCCAGCGGUCCAGAUAAUGUUUUCAACAUAAACCAAAAUAUUUCCAUGUACAAGCCGAUUAUAUUCAAUAUCUUUGGUUCACUGUGGAAACCAUCAAAGCCAAGACCACCUUUGCCUGAACCUACAACAACGGAACCACCCAUUACUACAGAAUCCAGUACAGCAUCUUCUUCUUCUUCGUUGGCUCCUGACAGCACCACAGAGAGCUCCUCGUCUUCGUCAACUUCAAGCUCUACCGAGAGCUCCUCGUCUUCAUCAACGGCCAGCUCUACUGAGAGUUCCUCGUCUUCGUCAACGGAGAGCUCUACCGAGAGCUCCUCGUCUUCAUCAACGGCCAGCUCUACCGAGAGUUCCUCGUCUUCGUCAACAGAGAGCUCUACCGAGAGCUCAUCCUCUUCGAGUACGCCCUGCACUCUAACCACGGAGGCCAGCUAAGUCGACGACUGGUUUAAUAUCAAUCAGAGCUGAGACUAGCAUCGGCUCACAGGUUGCGCAGACUUUAAAAAGAGCUGUUAAAGGUUAAUGAGAAAAUUCAAUUGCAAUGGUGAUUAAAUAUUAAGGGUGCAUUCGGCUCCGAGUUCAUCCCACUUGCCACUGUAUAAUUUA